UGAAAAGAUGUUGAAGCAUGGCAUUUGACAUGUCAAAGAAACGAACGCCUACAAACAUGGAUAAGAAGACAUUCAAGUCUGAUCAGUCUCGUAAUGAUGAUAAAAGGCAUGGGAAGGAGGAACAGGCUGAUCCGACUGUCAUCACUGAACUCCGUUCAAAACUUAACAAGGCUAACAGUGAAAACCUUGAACUAGUGGCAAGACACAAUGCAGAGCUGUCAACUUAUGAAAGCCAGUUCACCCGACUCCGUUCUGAAGUUGAGAAAGGUGAAGCCAUUCGUCAAAGCUUGGAGUACGAACUGGCAGUGGCAAGGAAGCAGUGCAGCACCGAGAGACUGGCACUAAAUGAAGAACGAGCAAGUUCUCUCCGAACUCAGGAACAAUUUAAAGCACAGAUUGAAGAGCUUCAAAAAAAGAUGUUCAAGGUGGAGCACGCUUUUCAAACAGCUCAGUAUAACUGGCAAGAUGCACAGAAAAGGUUUGAGAGUGAUCUACAGCAUCGAGACGGUGUUAUUGAGAAUUACAAGAAGGCGGAAGAGCGCAUCAUGUCUGAAAAGAACAAAUUGGAAGGGAUUCUUCAGAAACAAAACAAGACCAUACAAGACCUGCAACAGAAUUUGCAAAAAGUGGCAACAGAGCAUAGUAGCCAGACGGAUACUUUACGGCUACAAAAAAAUGAGCUGGGAUAUAGUCGUGAAAGAGAGGAGAGGCUGAAGAUGGAGCUUGAGGAAGCAACACAGAGAAUAAAGAGGUUGGAGGAAAGUAUUGAAGCAGAAAGAGCAACACACCUGGAAUCAAAGUUCAACUCUGAAAUCAUUCAGCUGCGAAUUAGAGAUCUGGAAACAUCACUGCAAGUAGAAAAGGCCACCCAGUCACAAACGGCCUCUGAUUUAGAGAUGAUGAAAAAGCAGUUCAUAGAAGUGGAAGUUGCUUAUAACAGAGAAAGGAGCAGGGCUGAGGAAAAUUCUGACAAACUCAAGAAGACUGAGGAAAAUUACUCUUGUGUACUGAAUAAACUGAAUGAAGAAAUUGAGCACAAAAACAACCUGAUUACGGACCUCACAGAGAAACUGAAGACUGGUGAAGAACGCUUUGUGUUAAUGGAACAAGAACUUGCUUUGACAAAGAAACAGCAGUUCGCUGUAGAAGAGGACUAUAGAAGCUUCGCGAGAGAGCUUCAGUCACUUGUGGACACCUUUAAUGUGUCAACUCAGUGCCCAUCAGGGAGCUACAAAGACCAAAGUACACAUACAGCUUCUGCUGUCGUCCUCGAGGCUCUAAAACGUACCUUGACAGAUUAUAGGAGCUGCCUGGCAGAUGCGUCCGAUGAGAUUGAAGUAACAAAGCGUGCUUGUGAGAAGAUGAACGAAGAAUUGGAGUCUUCCAAACAGACCAUACAGUCACUGUGUAAAAGCCUUGAGGGAGCUCGAUCUGACCAGCUGAGUACUGCAAAGGAGCUACAGCAUUUACGCUCAAGAUGUACCCACGCUGAAUCUGAAAUCAGCAGAUAUCAAAUGGACUUGGAGAAAUUGCAACAAGGCUGGGACACAGAGAAGCGUAGGGUCUCUGAGAUGGCGAGUGAGAUUCAGAAACUUACUAGGAUAUACCUAGAGGAUGCAGAGGAAAAGUUAACAUUUCUCCAUGGCUUAUACCAACGUUUGAUAGCAGGCUGUGUGGUUAUAAGGCAUCCAGGGAGCAUGAUGGCUAAUUUCUCUUGGUCAGAGCUUUGCACCGUCUUGCAAGAGAAUGUCGAUGCUCUAAUCUCUGACCAUAACCAAGCUAAUGAAAAGGUGACGCAUCUGGAGCGUGUUUGCAAAAACAAGGCUGAAGUUAUGGAAAACCUACAGCAGAGCCAUCAAGACUCUCUUAAUAAACUGGCUGAACAGAUGAAAGCAAAAGAAGAGGAAUGGCAGAAACAGAGGAUUGACUUGGAACAGCGUUACUCUGCUCUUAUUAGGGACCUUCAAGCCAGGGCACAGAAAUUUCAGAGUGUAGCCGAAAAAGCAAAACACAAAAUAGCCAUUUUUGAAAAAACAAAGAAUCAGAUGGCUCUUGAAAAUGUGAACAUAAAAAAUGUACUCAUAAACAGCGAAAAGGACCUCAAGUCUCUUCUAGCAGCCUGUGCUCUUAUGGCUGGUGCGUUAUACCCUUUGUACACCAGGACUUGUUCUUUGGCUGCUCAAAGGGAUUUUUUGCAAACUCAGGUAAAUGGUUCUCUAGAAGUUCAGAAUGAAAUUCGAGUGCUGGUGCAGGCUUUGUCUGCCACAGAAGAAAAUACCCUGACAAAACCCUCCAGAAAUAUGAAGAAUGUGUUUCGGAAGUGUGUCGUUGCUGUGUUGGCAGCUAACAGGCUUCAGUGUCUUGGCCGAUCCAGUAGGUCAUUAUUCACUUGGAUGGAUGGUUUCAUGGAAGGUCCUGGAAUCCUCAUUUCCAUUGGUGGAGCUCUUGAGAAGAGCACAAUAUCAGGUCAGAAAUAUGAGCAGAUCAUAGCUCAAAAAGCAUUGAAGUGGUUCAGCAGCUCAGAUCUACUCAACAUUGUAGUUUAUUCAAUGUCCGAGUUGCUUGGAGUUUUACAUAAAUCAGAUGCUAGCUCGCAAUCACAGGACCACCUUGUAAAGUCUGCCAGGAACUCUUUUUCGAAGCUCAUGAAAAAGCUAAGCAUUGAGAUGGGGAAGGUACCUGAGAGUCCGGAGAGAUGUCCAGCUAACGUAGACCCCGAUUCUUUAGUCCGAAGACUGUCGCAUGGGCUUUGCGAGGUCAAAUCCCAGACGGCAAGUCCGGGCCUGGCCAGCGAAAGGCCCGUCAAGAAAUGCUUAAGCUGUUUAAAGGAGCGGAUAUUUGAAUUGACGCAGCGGCUGCACACUGGAGAAGUUGAGAGACGAUCGCUACGCAUGGAGCUCUCCGAUUUUAAGCAGAGUCUUAAUGAACUCCGAAAAAGUUUGAACGCCACAGAAAGACAAGAGGAGCAACUUCAACAAGUUAAACAAUCUAAAGUGGUUCCUUACGCAAAGUUUAAAGUGGCGUGUGAAGAGCUGAAUAAUGCACUGAUACGAGAGCAGCAAGCACAAAUCCUCCUGAGUGAACAGUCUCAACAGCUGUCGGAGCUAAAUCACAGAUUGCAACUGCACUCGAGAGAAGAAGCAGAGAAGGAUCAAACUUUAGCAGACGCUGUUAAGAGUCUCUCCGAGGCUAAGAUGGAGCUGAGAAGAAAAGAUCAAUCUUUGCAUCAGCUGAACAGACAGGUUUCCCGGCUGGAGCAGGACAGGCGUCUGCUGAAAGAGAACAUCCACAAUGUAGAAAGUGCCCUGCGCACGGCAGCAAAGUGAGCACCGGGACCACGGAGAGAUGACUUAAAACAAACAAGAUCAAUUUGUACUUUCAUGCUGAGGGUUAAUGCUCAAGUUAGCAAAACCUAAAAA